AAUGAUCUGUUUUCUCGUCGACAUUAAGGAAAUGUCUGGAGCUCACGUACGCCACAUUUCUUUCUUUCUGUGAGGAUGCUCGCGUUAAAAUUCUCGAAAGAAACAAAGUUUUGUUGCUUUUCGGAUAAAAAAGAUAUAUGUUUUAUUGGACAUGAAAAUAUUUCUAAAAGCUGGUGAAAUUUCUAUUAAGUAUAUUUAAAAAUAAACUCGUACACACAAAUGCAUUUGAGUAUAACUCAAUACUAACUGGAGUGGCGUUUAUAAUUAUUUUUAUCAAAUAUCAAUUAUAUCUCCGCUGUUUCGGAUAAAUUGUAUUUGCUUGUUCAGAUGAAAUGAAACACAAAGCUGAAAGUUUAUGCAUUAUGUACUACGCACGAUUAAAUACUGGAAUAAACAACUGGAGGCAAGAAUGUCUGCUGUAGAGAAGGUUGCUACCACUGCAGCCUUUUCAUCAUCCAGUACAAUUGGGCAGUCAAAUAGUGCUCGGAUGUCAUCUACGAAAGUGUCACCUCUUCAUGUCAGCCUAAAUGCCAACCUUGUGGAGCAUAGUGGCUUUUCUGACAAUAAUUCUGAUGGUAAUAGUGAAUUUGAAGAAGCUUUAAAAAAUAUAAAAGCUUUAAAUGGUCAAGGCCGAUAUACUGACACUCCUGAAAAUGAAGCUAUUGAGAAAAAUGUAGAUAGCAAUUUUGGAAUAAAACCAGAUAAGAAAAGCAGUUCUACUACUAAUAUAAACAAAAAUACAAGUGAAUCUCAAAAACAAUCUGAUGAUCAAAAUCUAGAUGAAUCGGUAUCACAGGAAAACAAUAACAGUAACUCUAGCCAUAUGAACUUAUCACCCAUUGAUACCACUCAAACGAGUCCUUUGUCAGAAAAUGAUGACAAUCCUGAAAAUUUAGAUGAUGUUAAAAAUAAUUGUGAUAAAUCUAAAACAUCAAAAAAUGAAGCAUCUGACAAUGAGGAAACAGAAGUAAACUUCAAUCAUUUAAACUCUUUGAAUGUUUCUUCUGAUAAAAAGAAUUGUAAUGAUAAUGAAAGCCAUUCUGAGAAGAAGAAUUUUGUUGGUAAUGGAGACUAUUCUGGGUCUGAUGUUAAAGAAUUUGUAUCCUCUUAUGGUUUGGAUGAAAAAAUAAAAGAUUCAUUCAAAUAUUUUUCAGAAAAGAACUCAAAUUCAGCAUUAAGUAAAAUGCUUUUAAAAAAGAAGGAUGACAGUAAUGUUCAAAAUGUAACAUCAACAAGUGAUUCCCAAUCUUCUUCCAAAUCAAACAAAACCAGUUCCUCACGUGGAAAUUUAUUUGAAAACUUUGGGACUAUUGCUUCAACUAAUCAUAAAGAUGAUAAGGAAGAUGAGAAGAUAAAAGGAAUUGAUGAAUAUAUUUCUAAGAGUAACGGGCAAGUUGAUUCAUCUGUGUCAGCACCUUUACAACCUGAAGAACCAGAUAAGGAUAUUUCUACAUCUGAUAAAGAUGAUACAGAAAUAAGUAAGGAUGUAUCUAAUUCUGAUGAAAAGGAAGAGGCUGAUCUGGAUAAUGAUAACGGCAAAGAAGUUGACAGCAAUUCUGAAAGGCUUUCUAAAUCACCAUCUCCAUUACAGUUUUCAAGAAACAAUUCCAAUGAAGAUUUGUCGAGUGUUACUAAGUCUUGUGAAAUUUCAGAAAGUUGGGAAAAUAAUGAUAAAAAAAGAUCUGCUGAGGAAACUGAAGAUUGGACUGAUGCAGAAAUUGCCCCAGUAAAACGAUCUCGUUUAGAUGAUGUAAUUGGUAACUUAGGGUCACGGAUUGGUAUUAAAUUAGAUUCUAUCCCAUUUGAUGAUGAAUUGGAAGAGUCUAGUAAAGACAGUGAUUCUAGUGAAAAACCCUCUGAAGAUUCAGUAACAACAGAUGAAGAAGAAGAUCAAGAAAAAACAUCAAAUUCAGACCAAAAGUACAUCAAGUUAUCUGAAAAGGAAUUAGCUGAGAUUGUAAAAAGAGAAGUUAUGAAUAUUUUAAACAGUAAAGAAACCACUUUAGAAAGUCUUCAAGUUAAAAUUGAUGAAUUACAAGCUACAAAUGAAUAUUGGAAAACACAAGCAAAGGAGUUACAUAAAGAAGUUCUUGAACUUACUGUGUUGCAACAAAAACAGGAAAAACGAAAAGCUGCUGCUAUUGCCCUUAAGGCAAUUACAGCAAGACAUGUUGCUGUUCAGGUUGAUGAAGGAAAGACUUCCCAAACUCCCAGUUCAACUAAAACAGUCAAAAUAACCACACAAAAGAAAUCCAUUCAAUCACCUUCCUCUUUAUCAUUUUCAUCAUCAUCAUCUUCAUCACCCUCAGCCCCUGUGGCAGUUUCAGCAAAUCUUGGCAUAUCUGAAAAUUCAUCCUCUCAUUGGUCUCGUGCAAUCACCACUCAAGCUACUAUACAGUCUAAUUUGGUAGCUCAGCCUACAGUGACUUCAGGCUUACUGUCCAAUAAUUCUACUCCCUUAGCAGUCUAUAAGAAAAAGAUUCUGCCACCUAAUAAUAGUAACAAUAACAAUAAUCAGUCAAAGAAUGGACAAGUGAGCAGUCAGUUAACUCCACCAGUCACCAAAUACCAGUCCACAACAGUUAAAAGCUUACUUGAUGCGUCACGUAAUCCAAACCAAGUGUCUACGCCACAAACUUUGCUUUACCAAUCUUCUGGUCUAAUUGUUGUAUCUCCUCCAACUGCAACUACAACAGCAGCAAAUACUACUACUACAACCCGGAGUAUUCUUACUAAACCAGUUACAAGUCAGGCACCAACUGGAGGUGUAAAAUUAAUAGAUUUAACAGGGGAUGAUGAAGCACCAUUUAAAAAUCAAGCAAAUGGAAAGAAUGUUGUCCACACAGCUGCCAUUGCACCCAUGGGAUCUGUGCGGUCAAACAUUGUCUCCCAACAAGUUGUUCGUCAGGUAACACCAGUACAACAACCAAAAGUACCUUUUGGUACAUCAUUUCUUUUAAGUACACCUGCUGGGACUCAAAUCAUCAGCCCAACAGUAACACAAGGUGUAGGACCAGCAAAACCUGGUGUAUGCCAGUAUGUUCUUACAUCAACACCCAAUAUCCGGCCGGGUGCAUUAGUUACAGUAGUACCUACUACAGGAACACAGAACUCUUCAGUGAGACCACCAAUUGUAUCAAGUACAGUUGCAAAUGCAGGUUCUUUACCACAGUUACGGCCAGCUCAACAAUCCACUACAGCAUCCUCAGUUGAUCUAACAAAGGCGAUACGGCCACCUCCACCACUUCAAAGUGCCCCAGUGCAACAAAACACACAGAGAGUAGUCUCCACUCUACUCAGUACCUCAUCUUCAACAACUCCAGUAGCAAAACAUCCAGCUCCAUUACCAUCACAGCCCACUCCCACCGUAACAUCAACAGGUCUUAAAAAUCCACCACCCAAAGCAGGUCUUCGGAUAUCAAGGGUAGCACAAGGCAUUGUAUUAUCUUGGAAUAUGGCUUUAAAUGAAAAUCAUGCUGAAAUUUCAAAUUAUCAACUCUAUGCUUAUCAAGAAGGAAGUGCCCCACCUAGCACUUCCUUAUGGAAAAAGGUUGGAGACAUUAAGGCUCUACCUCUUCCGAUGGCUUGUACAUUAACUCAAUUCCAUGAAGGAAACAAAUAUCAUUUUGCUGUUCGAGCUGUAGAUUCACAUGGCCGUGUAGGGCCCUUCAGUGAUCCUAGUACCAUAAACCUUGGAGUUGGAAACAAAUGAAUUCUAUAGAAUUCUUGGAAAGACACACCAGUAACUACACCUUCAAUUAAGGACAUGUUAAUAUUCUUUGUAAUCCAGCAUUUAUUUGAUGACAUCUUAGUUACCAUGAGUCAAAUUCUUGAGUCCUAAUAGUCUCUAUUAUUAACUCCAAGUUUUUGACACCUAAAAAAAGUUGUGUGUGUUUGUUUCAUUAAGGUCUUUUACAGACAAGGAGAAGUAUCUAUAAACAAUUUGCUCUUCAUUAGCUGUUCGCAUCAUUGUUAAGGAUUUGACACUGUUUGCUUUAUUAUAGUUAUCUAUAAGUACGGGAAGGUGUCUUUAAUUUAAAGAGAUUUACAAAAAUAUUUUGUAGCUCACUUUACAAUAAAUUUUGAUACAUCUACAUUGUAUUUUAAAUGUUAAUAAAAUACAAUUUUAAACAAAAUGCAUUGAUAUAAAAAUGUACCAAACAAAAUUAUCCAGAGAAAACUUUUUCAGUAUUUUUUUUACUGUGUUAUUUAUUAAUAUAUCUGUUAAUGUAAAUUGGUACAGAUUAUAAAAUAUUGAAGAAAGAAAUGGAAAUUAUUUAAUCUUCUUUUCAUUUACAGUUAAACUUGAAUAAAAGAUAUUUUCAUUUCAAACUGGGUAAGACCAUGGAACUAAAACUAGAAAUGUGAACUUUAAAAAAAGAAAUCACAAUGAUAAUACUAUUCUUAAGUCAAAUUUACUAGAGUUAAGUAUUAAAAAUAGGAAGUGACUUUGAAUAAUGAAAGAUUUGUGUAUCUCUAUAUAAUUGUCUUUUUUAUAUUAGGGGUCUUAAAUAAUAAAAGUAGUGAAUAUUUUGCUUAAUAGCCUUAAUUUCACCUGUUAGAUUUAUUGAAGUACAUCAAUAUGAUCAAUUGGAAAUUUGUCAUCAUUUCUGGAUAUAUAUAUAAUACUUAAAAUAUUCUUGAUUCUUUUAUUUUAAUUUUUUUUUUUUAAGCUAAUGAUGUUUUUAAACACUCCUUAUGUAAUAAGACGUAUAAGCCUUUGUGUGUAUGUUUUUCAACAAAUAUACAUGCACAACUUUCACAAAGGUUGUUAAAGCAUUCAAAAGUAAAUUCUAAACAUAUUUAAUUCACUUACUUAAAACAACGGUUAUAAUGAAUCCAAUUUAAUCAUAAAAUGUUCUUAAUUUCAAACAUCCAUCUUACCUGAUAAACUUAUCAUAUUCUUCUAUGGGGCAGCAAAAUAUAUAAAAACAACUCCUUUGUUGAUUUUAAAAAAACAAAACAAAUUUUCUUCAAGCAGUCAAACAGAAAUUGGAGUAUCUUUACAUUUUUUUCUGUUCUUGGAUAUUUAUUUUACUUUUUCUAACUAUCAUUUUAAUUACUUUACACAACUUUCCAUUCUUUUACGUUUCACUCGCUGAAUUACAGCUGGUUUUAAUUGAUUAUAUCAUCUCCAAUAGUUAUUUCAGUUUCACAAUUAUUUUAUUGAGUGGUUAGGUUACCACAUAAACAAUACUUUUUUUUUCUUUUUAACUGGUGAUGUAUUAAAUAUAAACACAGAUGGGUGGGGACAUAAACAUGUAUAUAUACUGGGCUUUCUGUACAGUUUCUGCUUAUUAAAUUUCACUCAGUUUUGGUCAAAAUGCAACUAUAAUAGAAGACACCGAAAAUGCACUACAGUGGGAUCUUUGAACCACUUUGUUGCAAAGCAGACUUCUUAAAUAUGCAGCUAUUGCCUGAACUUAUGUUUUUAAAAAUUAAAAUAUAUUUUGUGUGUCUCUACCAUCAUCCACAGGAUAUUCAUUCAUCAUGUGACUGCAAAAUAUUAGAGGACGCCAUUUUUAUCAUGGUUUUUAAAAAAUUUGAUUGCUCUGGUGUCCAUUCUUGGACAUCAAGAACUGCUGAUGGUAGAAAGUCCAAAAUUUUAAUAACGAUUGUUGAACAAAAAUAUUUUUUUUCUUUCUUGAAAUGUUGUUUUUGUAGCAAACAAUUUUAGAUGUUAGGUGUGAGACCCAGCUCUGUUCCAAAUCUCAUUUGGUGGUCAAGAUGAGUCAUGAGAAACAAAAUCAGUUGCAAAAAAAAUUAAACACACAGACACACACAUGCACUCUCUCUCUCUCUUAAAGUUCACAGAUAUGUAGCAAUGAAAUUUCUUCCUGACAUUGUAACCAGAAUGGGAUGAGGGUAAAUACAUUCAAAUACUGAAUAGAAAAAAAAUUUGUAUAGUUUUCAGUCAUUUAAUGUUUUGUGAAUAUGUCAAACUAUUCUGAUGAUAUAUACGGAAGGUAAUAUAUAAUAGCUAUACUUAUCCUCAUUAGUUAUUGCAGUUAUACUUUCCAGAGAGAUUUCCUUGUUUCUUCUACUCUUUCUCUCCCAGUAUGCAUGUAGAUAAAGCCUCCUCUACAUUUGAUUGAAGGUUUUAAACAUAUUUCUUUCAGCUAUUCAUCUACUCUUUAUCUUUGAUAUUUUCUACUGAAAAUCUCAAAUUUUGACUCAACACUCCCAAGCAUAUUUUUCCAUUAAUCAGCACUCCAUCGUUUGUGUGUUCUGGCAUAUGUAAAUGGUCAUUUCUCUAGCUGCAUAAUCAGCAUCAUUCAUUCAUCAUUUUUCGACCGUGGUUAGACAAUGGAAUUUACUAUGUUACGCCAGACUUCACGGUCCAUCAUAGCAUUACGGAGAUCCUGUUGCUGGAUGCCUGUAUUCCUGGAGAUUACAUCAGGGUAGGAGAGUGUGCGCCCUCUAGGAGUUUAGGCCGGAUCUGAGGAGGGCUGGUAGCUAGAUGUGUUUCUUAAUCUCAAACUAAUGUAAGCUUUAAAUACUUAGCUUGGAUUUUGAGGUUCUCUUACCUUUAACUUUAGUUUCCUGGAUUUACCUUUCCUAAUGAUGAAACUACAACUUUGCUUCAUAUUUCAGAUUGCGAUAUCCCAUGUUCAAACUAUUAAGAUCUGGCCCCUCUCACUUACCCUAUAAUGUCAUCCUAAAAAUAAAUAAUCACAUCAUCAAAAUCUCAAUGUUAAGAGAUAAUGCAUGAUUGAUUGAAAACAAUGUUAAGAGAUAGAUAUUACAUUUGACACAGUAACCUGAAGGCUACAGGGUUAUACAUCUUCAUGUUGUAGCAAUUGUGUCUUUGUUUCAAUCUCAAAAGGUGAUUAUAGUACCUUUUAAACCAGGUGUAGAAGUUCUCUUGAAACUGACGUUUAUGUAUUCUUUUUGGGGGGUUUUCUGUAUCCCAAAACACUGAGACUGCUAGGAGAAUAUGGGAUUGGCAGGUAUACAAAGUAAUAGAAACUAUCAGAUGUGUAAUAUCCUUGAUAGCCUACCCCUUGCCAUUGAUGAAGUGGUAGUUGCUGUUACAUUAUUUGAUGUUAACUUAAGAUUUGUCUUUACAGAAUUAAAUGAAACAAUAUUAUAUCAUAUAUGAAGUCAGCACAUUAUAUAUAUAUAUAUAUUAGUACAAUAUUGUUACAUUUUAUCUUCUAAGUUGAUUAAAAUACCAAAUACCUACCUAUUUGCACAGCAGUUUUUGUAUGUAUGUAUUUUUCCUUAUAUACAUAUGUAUAUUUGUGUGUGCAUGCAAAUGUGCAUAUGCAUGUAUAUAUCCAUGUGUUUGUGUAUGUUUCUACAUUGAUGUAGCAUACACAAAUAAUUAUGGAGUUCCUUUUGCAAUCAGGAGAUCCUGGACCCAAUCUCAUCAUAAAUCAUCUUGGAUAAGUGUCUUUUAUUGUAACCUUGAAUCAGUCCAGGCCUCGCAAAUGAAAUCAGGUAGACAGUAGUCUGGCAGAUGGACUGUAACUAUAAUUCAAAGGUCUACUUUUAUUACACAAUAGAUUACACUGAUUCUGUCCCUUAUGUUAAUAGUAUAUGUUUCUGUUGAACAACUUACCACUCAUUAUAGGAGCUGAUAUAGAUCCAUUUACAUUAGGGUACAUGCCUCUCCAACAAAAAGAAUACCUCUUUUGACUGUAUUCUGUGCCAUUUAUUUGGUACUGGCAUGGUUUUGAAGAUUUACUUUACCACACUGGGCAUGCAGGUUGGUAUGGUUUCUUCUUUAGACACUUAGGUGGCACUUGAACUCUGAACACAAAGAGCCAGAACCAAUACUGUAAUGCAUCUCACCUGACACUCUAACAAUUCUCCCAGUCAACUUUCUUGGACAGUCAUUCUUUUUGUUGACUGUUUAUAUCCAUUUAUACUUGUGUGUGCAUGUAUGUAAGAAUAAAAGGUUUUGAUAAUGUACAGAGUAGUGUAUUAAUAAACAUAAAAAUAAAUAUUUUGUUGGAAGUCUUGGAAGGUAUCAUUUCUUAGUUUUGUUGUACAUAGAUAUAAAGGGUCUUUGAAAGUUCUAAGGAAAUAAAUUGAAAUACUGCUUAAAUGUUUUUAUCUUUUUUUUUCCCUGGUUUUGUUGUCUAGCAUUUGAAUGUCCUUUCCCUGUCUCCUUUUUUAUUCUAAACAAACCUGUAAAAAUAUUAAAAAAACAAUCUGAAAUAAUACCAACUAAAGAAUUUCAUGAUAGAGAUUCAUCUCAAUAAAUUAGAGAACAUGUAAGAUACAGAUGUUAAUAUACACACAGACAAAUGUAAAGGCUGAGCAUAUGGGAGCCAUUGACAAGAUAUAUUCCAAGUUCAACUAUAGGCCAAACCUUCAGUUCUUCCUCUUAUUCAUCCUUUUCUGAUGUGCUUUGCUCUUGAGUUCUCUGAUGUCUGGUGAUUAGCUGACUUAUUGUUACUAUGAGUAUAAGCAACUGUUCUGAUUAAUUUUCUGCCUUAGAAACACCUACUACUGCCAACAGAUUUCUUUAUGGUCUGAAUCAGAUGUGAAAUCAUUUGUGACUUUCUCUGAGUAUAUGCAACUAAGAAAUGGUCACAUUUGCAAUAAUCUUAAAAGGUGUACACAAGGCGUCUUGGUCCCAUAUGCCCACAUACAUAUAUCAUCAUCAUAUAUAUAUAUAUAUAUAUAAUUCUCCUUAUGGUUCUGAAGCAAUUAGUUGUAGAUUUGUAUAAAUUCUACACCCUGCUUGGUGAUUUCUGGAAUCGUUAAUGCACUGGAAUUAGCCCUCUCCAGAAACUUAGCAAUAAGAAAUAUUUGGUCAUAUAGUGCUGCUGGGAAGGUUUUCUCAACUACAUCUUUUUCACCUUUAAUCAAUGCAUUGAGAAGACCUGGUUUGUUUGUUCUACUUGUGAUUUUUAUUUGCAGUAAUGAUAUCAGACCAGGUACUUGGUUUAACAACAUUGAUUGAAUAUGAUAACUGCAUGGUGACUUUGAAAACUUCUAACCUCUUACCAAGAUAUUGUUUAUUAGUUUGAGCUUUACACAGGCAAACCCUAAGAUCCAUGCCCUUCUCCCUAGGUCAAGCUUGUCUUUAUCAUGUAACUUCUCUAAAGACAGUCAAUAUUAAAUGUUUCAUGUUUCCAACUAUAUUAAAAAUCCAACUACUUUUUUUGUCUUCUGUUUCCAAACGAUUGGUAGAGCUUCUCCUAUAUACAGGUUUGUUGAGAUUACUAGUUUGUGUACUCCACAUAGAUUGGAAUGAAGAUAUCUACCUUCCUGAGUGUUGCUCUGAAUGAUCCUGAUGCCAUCUUCUUUGUUAUACAUCAGGGCACUGUUUUCAAGAGUGUUCCACUUAGGUAACAUAGAGGUAGACUCCCAAACACAAGGCAACAAAACAAAAUCGAUAAAAAGAUUUAAGCAACAUUUCAUUUCACUUCCUUUGGAAAACUUUUAAGCAUUUUUGUACCUGCAUACAGAUAAACUAAGAAAUAAUCUUUUGUACUCUAGACACAAGGCCCGAAAUUUUGGGGGAGGGGGCCAGUCGAUUAGAUUGCCCCAGUACGCAACUGGCACUUCAUUUAUUGACCCCCGAAAGGAUGAAAAACAAAAUCAACCGUGGCAGAAUUUGAAUUUAGUAUGUAAAGACAGACAAAAUACCGCUAAGCACUUGGCCCAGCAUGCUACCAUUUCUGUUAGCUCACUGCCUUACAUGAACUAAAAAAUAAUACCAAAGUACCAUUUGAGUACUGGGGUUGCUCCUUCAAAAUUUCAGGCCUUGUGCCUAUAGUAGAAAGGAUUAUUUAUAUAUAAACCUUGUGUAGCAACAAAAGAAGUAGGUCUCAAUAUCAUUGAAAAUAGAGGGCUAAAUUUAUUAAAUGAUGGAUGUGGAACACACAUUCAGGAUUCAGUUUCUGUGCAACAACUCAGUGAACAGCACUGCAUCAGCAUGCAUUCGGCUUGCAGUAGCCAAUGAAGUGUAGCAUUCAUUGAGUUUUACAGAAACUCAGAAGCCUGAAUGUAAGUGUUCCAUACCUGUGUCAUUUAAAAAAUAUAUAUUCACACAUAUCUGGUUUUAUAUAUCUUCUUUUCAUUUCAUUAUCCCCCUAUGAAUAUACUGAUAUAUUAAAAUUGUCCGAUUAUGAGUGGGGAUUUUCUAAACAAAACAUGUAUAUGGCCUUCCUCAUUCUAAACAGUUGAAACAGUAUUACUGUCCAUUGUCAAAUGAAAUAUCAUUUUCAUAUACAUCUGCUUUUAUGUGUAUAUAUAAAUUAGUUUUUUUUAUCCUACGAUAUAUUGUUGGAACAACUGGGAGUGAACAUGAAACUGAAAAGAUUUUUUUAAAGAUAUUAAUGAAGAAUAUGACAUGAAAAUAAUAUUGCUAUUUUUAGAGAUUUCUAUUCAUUGAUCCUAAGUUAUAUAAUCCUAUACUGAUCCUACAUGAAACAAUAAAAUAUUGGCCUUAUAA